CCGCUCACUGGGACGUUAAUAAGGGCGCCGCUCCAGAGAUGAACAGGCGCUGCCAUCACAGGACCUCCCCACUUGAUGCCAAGCAGCGCCAGGAGCACCAAAGGAGUCAUGCCUGCACCAAGGAAAGCAGGACGAAAAAACAGUGCAGCAGCUGCAGAAGAAAGACCACCGUAUGAGCCAAACAUCCCCGAACCAACCACCAGGGCUGAACUCAUGAAAUACUGGGUCUCCCUGUGCCUGGACGACAAAACUGCACAGAAACUUUUAUGGAUUUCAGAGGGCGGGUCCAAAGUGGCGCGCACGUCCGACGCAGUGUGUCCGUAUCCCACCAGGCCCGAGAGAUAUGAGCACUCGCCGCAGGUGCUGUGCAAGGAGGGCCUGCUGGGGCACCGAGGGUACUGGGAGGUGGACUUUGACGGCUGGGUGGUGAUCGGGGCCGUCUGUGAGAGCGCGCCUCGCAAAGGCCUGGACGGCCCCAGCGGCCUCGGGGAGAACAGCGGAUCCUGGGGCGUCGGCUGGUCAGGCUCCUGCUACCAAGUCUGGCACAAUGGCGACAACGUGGACGUCCAGCUGCCCCUGUGCACCACCAUGGGCCUCUACGUCGACCAGCCUGCCGGCAUCAUCAAGUUCCUCUCGGUGGAGGGAGAGGGCGAGGGCGAGAAGGAGGUGCGGCUGAUUCACAGGUUCAACGCCGACAUACAGGAGAAGGUCUUCCCCGGAUUCUGGAUUGGCACUAAUUCCCACUGCCUUCUGCGGAAAAAGGAUCAGUGACACAGCGGCGGGGUUUGUAGGUCAAGUAGUGUAAAUUCAAGAAGGUGUCAGGAUGGAAAGUGAACACUUGUGAUGUCUGGGCAGCAAGUGUUGGGGUUGUCGAGCAGAACUGAAGCACGGUGUGACAUCUUCGUAGAGUGCAUUCGCUUUUUCUGUGGUGCAUGACGAAAGCUCAUGGGUCUCACCCGCAGACGUCUUAUUUUAUCCUCUGUUGUCUAUGUGUGCGUCUAUUUAAUACGCUCUGAAAUAGGCCGUGUCGUGUCUCGCUCGCUGUGCGCUGCUUCUUUUUAUGCACUAAAGGUAGUCAAUAAAUUCAACUAUUGUGUAAUAA